AUUCAUAUAGAGAAAUGCUUGAAAUAUGCAUUUGCCAGAAAUCAGGGUGAUAGUGAGGCUUUACGUGAGAAUUUGAAGGCUCUAAUUCCCCACCAGUUUGGAGAUCAUUCAUUGUGCAAUGAGAGGUUUUGUGUAUUCAAACGAAAGCCUGGUGAAGUGUAUAUACACAAAAGUCUACCGUUCAAAAGAUCACUGAAGGAUGACACUCUUCGUGAAAAACUUCAGCAAAUAUUUGACCCAUUGGUAGCAAAUGCACGGCAAUAUGCUGAUUUAGGAUCCAGUCAGCAGUGUGAGCAUGCCAACAAAGAAGUCAGCCUCCGAGCACCCAAAUCACACCACUAUGGACAUUCUAAAUCCCUUGACUACAGAGUGCAUGCCACAGCCUCUUAUAUUAAUGACGGUAGACACUAUAUACCAGAGUUGACUGCUGUUCGUUUACUGUUACACAGUUGAUCUUCGGUACUAGGCCACUUUGGUUGCAGUUCUACAGAUGUUAUGACCAAUAUGAACCUUGGAUUGUCACCUGGAAGUCAUACCAUAAAGUACGCAGAUAAAUGUCUCAAGCGACGUCUACAGAAGCAGCAACGCCAACAACUUCCAUCAGUUAAAAGGCGCAGACUUGUUCUGAAACAGGAGCGUUCGAUUAACCAGGGAGCUCUUGAAGCCUUAGAAGGUGUUUCAUAUCAAUCUGAAGUUGGCCAUUCCUCCAGUGUUGAUAUUGAGAAACUUCCAGAUGCUGUCCCGCGUGGCAAUUUCAAACCCGUGAAAGUUGAAAUUGGACAACCUACAAUCAUAGCCAUAGACCUGGAAACUACAGACCUGAUACGUGGUUCUGUUAUGCCGCACAUCACACAGCUGGCAGCAGUGGAGGUAAAGUCUGGUGCCCAGUUUGCAGUUUACACAAAACCAAAGAUGGCAGUUACAUCUGAAGCCCAAAGGGUAACUGGAAUAUGUGUUGAUGACAACGGCGAUAUAGUUGUGAAUGGAAAUCUGGUAGAGUCUAUUCAUAUUCAGUCUGCCAUUGAGAAGCUGUGCAGGUGGCUUGACCAGUUUUCCAAUGUGUUUCUCAUUGCUCAUAACGGAAGGAGAUUUGACUUUCCAAUUCUCAUGACAGCUGUACAGAAAACCAAAACCACAGAUGUCUUUUUCAAAUCAGUAUUUGGCUUUGUCGAUAGUUUGUCUGUGUUUAGAAAGAAGUACCCUGGAGAGUCAUUAAAACAGGAAGACCUUGCACGACAACAUCUUGGUAUGACAUACAAUGCCCACAAUGCAGAGGCUGAUGUUGAGGCUCUUGGACAUCUUCUAAAACUAUGUGAAGUGUCUGAUCUCCUAAACUUCAGUUUUUCUCCUGUGGCUGUGAAAAAUUCUUUACUGUUCAAUUGUGAAAAAUCGAAAAAUCUGCGCUCCUUUGAUCCAUUAAUAAGCAAGGGGAUAUGCAAACGUCCUACAGCAGAAAACAUUGCUGGCUCUGGUUUGAGUGUUGAACAUCUGAAAGUUAUAUUUAGGCGCUCAGGUGAAGAUGGACUUAGAAAUACAUUUACAGCUGUAAACUGUGAUGGCUUACCGAGAGUAACAAACUCAAAAAAAGUUCUAGAGGAAACUGUUCCCAAGUUUUGUCAGUAUUUUUCAUCAAAUGUACCUUCAUAGACAUAGGUACUUGUAUGAAUAAUCUGUGAUUCAGAAAGUACAUUAAUUGAAUCAUCAUUGAUGACAUGCUGAUUAGUAUAUUUGUGAAGUAUUUGCAUUUUGAUUAUGAUUUUUACUUGGUGUAUAAAAACCAAGAUUUAGUCUUUUAUGGAAAACAAACAUAUGCUGCCAAAUAUGUAAUUUUCUUGCAUACAAGACCAAGAUUUCCGGUAUUUUUGCUGGUGAUGGAAAUUCUAUCCUGCACCUCGGGGUGUCAGACGACUGUUGUGCU